AUGCGUCUUACACCGGACCAACGGGCUCUAGAGGGAGCUCCGGCCGAGGCCGAGGCCAGUCCGACACCCGGUCAGCCGGCACGGGCUGCCACGGGCAAACGGGUCGUCUUCACCGGCGGCUCCGGCGUCAUCGGCCCCUGGGUGAUCCAGGAGCUGCUGCGGCACGGCCACGAGGUCCUCAACCUCGACAUCGUCCCGCUCGACAACCCGGCCGUCCACACGAUGAAGUGCGACGUGACGGACGUCGGCCAGGUGUACAGCGCGCUGCACACGCAGAUCCACCUGACGCAGCCCCUGGCCAAGGCCGCGGUCCCGGACGCCGUCAUCCACUUCGCCGGCUACGCGCGGCCGAUGCUGGCGCCGGACAACGAGGUGUUCCGGGCCAACAUCGCGGGCAUCCACAACGUCGUCGAGGCGGCGUGCAAGCUGGGCAUCAAAAAGGUCAUACUCGCCAGCAGCAUGACCGUCUACGGCGUCACCUUCGCCGAGGGCCGCCGCGCCUUCGCGUCCUUCCCCAUCGACGAGGGCGUCGAGUGCAACCCGACCGACUCGUACGCGCUGUCGAAGCUGCUGGGCGAGACGGUGGCGCGGAGCUACGCCACCCGCUUCGGCGUCGACAUCUACUGCCUGCGCAUCGGCCCCAUCGUCGAGCCGCAGGACUACGCCGCGGCCUUUGCCGCCUAUCUCGGCCGGCCCGAGGCGUGGGACGUCCACGGCUGGUCGUACACGGACCCGAGGGACCUCGGCCAGAUGUGCCACCGUUGUCUCGAGUCGGACGGCCUGGGUUGGCAGGUGUUCAACGCCACCAACGACGAGAUGACCAACGACGAGAAGACGGCCGAGUUCCUGGCCCGCGUGAGCCCCUCGACGCCCUUCACCCGGGAGAUGGGCGAGCACGAGGCGCCCAUCUCGAACCGGAAGAUCCAGGAGAUGCUGGGGUUCAAGGAAGAACAUCCCUGGAGGCGACACUAUCCAGCUCCGGAGUGA